AUGCAAAAAUUGAAUGAAGAUUGUUUCUAUUUCCUCACAUCAUCCUGUACAAAAGGUUCAGCAUGUACUUAUCGGCAUAAUUCAGUAGUUUUAACAUGUAAUGUUAUAUGUCCAGAUUGGUUACGUGGAAAUUGUAUAAAUCCAGCUUGUCCAUUACGUCAUAGUUCUGUUCAACGUCAAACUAUAAAUAAUGGAAUAUCAUGUUAUUAUGAAAAUACACCAAUGGGUUGUCUUAAACUUGAUUGUACAUUUGUUCAUUUACGUCCUCGUCCAACAUUAAGAAAUCCAUCAACUCUUAGACCUUCAACGACAAAUCUUGUCAAUAAAGAUACAAUCAAAUCAACAACUAUAACAAAUUCUCCUUCUACUCCUACUAGUAUACUUCAAACAACCAAUGAAUCAAUACCUAGUCCACAAAUAAAUUCUUCUGAAUCUUCAACAUCAAAAGUUGAAACUCCAUUAACGUCCACUGAAAUAUCUUCAUCAACUAUUCCAAAUGAAACGAUACCACGUCGUAUAGCUAUCCCAAUAGAAAAUGAACAAACAGAAACUACAAAUCGUAAUGUUAUUACAGAUUCUAUAGAAAAAAUUCAAGAAGAUACGAAAACUGCAACAACAACACAAUCAAGAGUUGUUGGAAGUCGAAAUGUUGUUAUUGCUGAAUCAGCAAGUACUUCAUCAAAUCGAAAAAUAGUACAAGGAAUAACAAAUCGAGUUGUUGUUUCAUCUGAUACAAUCAAUUCAUCAAAGAGAAUAACAAAUGAUAAUGAUAGUGAUGUUGAUCUAGAUGAUUUAGUUAAACAAUCAGAAAAUGAUAUUAAAAAAACAAAUUCUGUGAUUGAUAUUACAUUUCCUUGUUCAGCUCCAUCAAUAACUAAUCGUUUAUUUGUGUCAACUAAACAAACAACACCAACAAAUGAUACAAAACCAAUUCGAUUAAAUCGUGAUCGUUUGCCCGCAGCAAAAAUAACAAUAACAAACUCAUCAAAUUUUAUGUCUACAUCAUCAAAUGGAGAAAAGACAUCUGCGGGAACAGAAUUAUCACAAGAUGAUGAACGUCGAACAAGUCGUAUUGAACGUUUCAAGAAGAAAUCAACUUCAUCGCCUCGAUCUAUGGUUAAUACAUCAUCAUCAUCAACAAUAACAACUCGUAAUAUUGUUACCUCAUCUACCACUAAUGAACGUAAACGCCCAGGACCGGAAUUAUCAGUAAAUGAUUCACCACCAUCAAAACGUCUUUCUUCUCAACAAGAAAAUAAUCAUUAUCAUAAUACAACAACAACAACAACAACAACUAUUGGUGAUUUAUGUUCGCCACCAUUGAAUUCUCGUCGAACACAUGAUCGUUAUCAUCAUCGACAUCGCUCAUCAUCAUCAUCAUCGUCAUCAUCACAAAGAAAAUCAUCUCCUCGUCAAACAUAUUCAUUAACAUCAUCAAUGGAUGAUUCAACUUGGAAAAAAGAAGUCGAUGAAUUUCUUGCUAAAACAACACAACCAAAAACUUUCAUACCAUCAAAUACAAUGCCAUGUCAACCGGUGCCUCUUCUUUCUUUACGUCCACGUUAUAUACCACCACCACUACUAAAACAACAACAACAAAAACCAACGAUUUCACGUCACCCACCACCUUCUCAACGACCUCGACAACCAUCAUCAGUACCUACUAAACAGUCUGUACCGCCAGUAAUUACUAAUUCUUCUCCAAUUCCAUCAAAACCUACUGAACAAACUCCAUCAAAUAAUAAUAAUAAUAAUAAUAAUAAUAAUCCUCCUGUUCAAGCUUCAACAAUUCUAAAAGAAGAAGAUGAAAAUCGAUUACUUGAACUUGAUGAACCUACCGAUGUUGUUGAUACAUUUGCUUUCAUCGAUGAAGCAUUAUUCGAAGCUGAUCAUCUCCUUGAACUUAUGUGA